GGAAGGAAGACCAAACCCCCAACAACUGCCAACUCUCCCCCUUCUCUUCUCACCACCAAGACCCAACUAGAAUCCUUGUGACGCGGGCUUCGCCACCUGUCACCCUCCCAUGUCCAUAACAACCCAAUUCAUACGACACGGCGUCGCUUCAGUAUUCCAACCAUAUGGGCCACCGGAGCUGAUCAUCCUCUUGGUUCUUCCGUCCAAAUCCCCGGAGCUCCAGAUUUCGAUUAAACUAGUGAAGUUUCAGAUUGUUGGAAUUUAUAGUUCUUCAGUAUCCAAGGUGGAGUGGGGUUGAGCACUAUGGUCUGAUCAGGACUGUUUGUAUAAAUAAGUUUUAUCUUGUUCACUAAAAGAAGGGAUAUUCAAAUGUGGGGCUUUGCUUCUAAUGCCAUUACGAGCAUUGGACUUAGAAGAAGUUCGUCAGAGCCGAGCCGGGUGUUAUUGGACUCCUCGGAUGAUGAACUUUGCUCGAAUUCAAGCCGAGAGGAAGGGCUAGAAUGCCCUAUUUGCUUGGAAUCUUUCAACAUUGUCGAGAAUGUGCCCCAUGUAUUAUGGUGCGGUCAUACCCUCUGCAGAAAUUGUGUCUUGGCGCUUCAGUGGGCUGUCUUCAGAUUCUCGACUCAAAAAUUUAAGAUCCCAUUUUUCAUUUCUUGCCCGUGGUGCCACCUGUUUUCUUUGCGGCUGGUUUAUAAGGGGAAUCUAAAGUUUCCUCGCAAGAAUUUCUUCCUUCUAUGGAUGGUUGAGAGCUUCAAUGGUGAUAGGGCGAAGUUUGGUCCUGCCUUGAAUGGGGAAAAUCAACAAAUUAGUUCUCCAAGAGUCAACUUGGCUAGUGGAAAUCAAGCUGGGAAUAGUAACCUGAGGAGGAACCAUUCUAGUUGUCCUUUGCUGUCAAGGUAUAAUGGUGUUGAUGAUGGUGGCCGUGUGGACCGGCAUCAUUUCUCCCUUCACAAGUCUUUGGAUUGCUUCAUUCACAUUACAUCCAAGUUCCCAUUAGUUAUAGGGCUUCUGUUGAUUGUCUUUUGCGUAAUACCUGGCAGUGCUAUAAUUUUGGUGCUCUACUUGCUACUCACAGUUCUUUUUGCAAUCCCAUCUGCCUUGGUACUGUACUUCGCAUAUCCUACUCUGGAGAGGCUGGUGAGGGAGAUAACCUCGUGAGGCAUCAUCAGAUCCCCCAUUUAUGAGAAUCUGAGGAAUAUUUGUCUCCACCAAAUCUGUCUUUCAUAUACGUUCCUACUAACUCUAGUCUUCAAUGUCCAGAGGCUUUCAAGAGCUUAUGAGGCUAGCGUUCUUGGGUAAUUUGUACUUUUGGACUUCUAACUUUGGAUGAUUGUCAUUUAUAUGUAUUUGCAAUGUACAGGAAUAGAUUUGGGAAUGCCAUUGUGUUGGUGUGAACCUUUUAUGUAGUCCAUCUAAUUAUUUUGUAUUUUAUUUGUUUCUUAUACCAUGGUAAUCAUGCUAUGGAAUUUCAA